AUGAGUUCACAGACCGAAGUUCAACAGGUAUCCACACGGAGACACUCGACCGAAGCCACAAAAGAUGCUGAUGCUGUUGAUACGGCGUCUGUACAUUCGCUACAUCAUUCCCCACAGGGCUCACCCGUCGAAAGUGAACCUACUUGCCCAGACACUGAGUCGACGAAAUCCCAAUGCUCACAAGAUACCGAACUAAGACUACUAGACCCGGUUUAUUUACCCAAAGGGUACAAAUUACUACCAGAAUGCUUUGAUUCUAUCGAAUUUCCACAGUCUUAUAAAGAAAACAGCGCCAAGGAGACACGAUUGUUGGAAUAUUGUGAAAAUUUCCGACGCCAGUACGCUAUCCUGUGUCCUGAUCGAACGAGGCUACUGCUCAAUCCGGUGAACGAGUGUGGAGUGGAAAAAUUUGUCUGUACCACAUUAAGACCUACUCAGUUAGCAUUUCCGAAUUUGUACACUUGGGAUGGAGCAGCUAGUUUUGUGGCUGACUUUCUGGAGUUUGUCCCCUUGGUACCUUCGACUGAGUUACCUAAACGCUUACUCAGUCCCUCAACCACUGUUUCCAUUCAGAAGGGUACGUGCUUUGAGUAUUCCGUCUUAUUAUGUUCCAUGCUACUUGGGGUCGGCUACGACGCCUAUGUGGUGAGUGGUUACGCCACCCGCGAAUGUUGCUACAUGGACGAAACUCGAUUAAUCUCCAGGUUUCGAAAGCCAGCGCCACGUUCAACCCAAACGGAGGAAGAGACGGAUUCCAAGAAAUAUAUGAUUCGCCAGCCGAGAGAUCUAACUUCGCAGUUCGAAAAGGCUCUAUUGGCCAAAGAGCUACAGGCAGAAGCGGAAAAGGCUCGUAAGGCGACCGAAGAUGCCGAGAUGGAGGAUGAACGGAUGUGCGAACCUCCUGCGGAUCCACUACGCGGAUUACGAGUGCAUGCAUGGGUGUUGGUAUUAGCAGGCAAAAGAGAGGUACCCGAAGCGUUCUUCAUCGAAACACUCACCGGGGUUGCUCAUCCACUGGAUAGCCCUAUGUAUUUGGGUAUUGAAAGUCUAUGGAAUGCGACGAAUUACUGGGUAAAUAUGCAGGACUGCUCCAAUGGAAUUUCGCAAAUGCAAUACAAUUUGGAGGACAAUACACAGUGGGAAUAUUUACUUCCCAGUGGAAGCUUACGGUCGAGGCACGGAGGGAACUUUGAAGCAGAAUUCGGUCGUAGCCAACUGACCGAUAUCUCUGACUGGCCUCAUGAUGGGAUGUUCAUCCAGUCCACGCUGAAUUUCGAGCUCAUCAGUCACGACAGCUCCCAGAGUAGCCACAUAGCUUUAGCACCUACGCUGACGAUUCCUCAAACGCGUGGGCCGAAUUCCACAAAGCUAUCAGGUACCUCUAACUUAGGCGACCUGCCCCAACCAGCCGUGCCUGUCAAGCCGACCGCCAGUCUAGAGGACAAGCUACUCCUGAUGGAUCUGCCCCCCUCGUGGACCUCGCCAAUCAGUAUCUGUCAACAGAGGUACGAAAUGCGAUAUCCCGAGGGUCACAAGGAAAUUUUGUAUCGCCGAUGCAAAGUGGAAUGGUUUGCACCGUACUCUGAACCCGAUGGAAUCGUGUUUCGACUGACCAACUAUGAGGACCUUGAGCGCACUAAACCCGUAGAGGUGACCGAGAAAUUCGCUCAUCGUGCUGACAGGCUUAUGAGUCGUAUCACUAUCCCAAGCACCAACGAAGUUACGGAGCAUUUCGAUCACGGUAGAACAACUAGUCAUUUGUGUCAGCAUAUAUUUAAUCGGAAUCAACAUGGACCACAGGCCGCACGAACCAUGAUUUUUUACCAUGAAGCUCGCGUGGAUGGUCUUCAGCGGCGCGAGCAAACACCGACGACUAUGAAGGAAUAUUACGUUGGCAGAGAGGACCGGAUGUGUUACCGUGAGGUAUUGUUCGGAGCAAAAGUUAAAAAAUUUGGACCUGCACAACUAGCCAAAGAAACCGAAGGGGGACCACUGGUGUGUGUUACCACUAGCAGUCAACUUGCGAUCGACAAAAUUAUCGAGCGAUUUACUCGUGACCCUUCUAAACCAGCUGAUGAGGAUGUUGCUGAAAGGAUAUUCUACAUUGCCGAAGAUCGAAUAUUCAUCACUUAUCACAUAGGACCGGACCGUAUUGUGCCGUGCACCAGAGAAUUCCUCAAGCCACCUCCCAGCGAUGAUCGACGAAAUACUAUACAGUUGCACUCAGAUACACACUACUCAUUUCAGGUAAGUACAGCAGCUUUGUGA